AUGGUUAUCACUACUACUACUACUACUACUACUACUACUACUACUACUACUACUACUACUACUACUACUACUACUACUACUACUACUAGAAUUACUACAACUACUACUACUACUACUACUACUACUACUACAACUACUACUACUACUACUACUACUACUACUACUACUACUACCUUACUAUGGCC